CCAACAAAGAGUCCUUUCUGGUCCGUGGUUUCAUUAAAUUUCUACCUUCAUAGUAAUAGUAAUAAAAACUGAAACCGAGAACAGAGCCAGUAAUAAGUAACUAGCAGUCAUCAACUGAUUACAAUGUGUCAGACACUAUUUCCCUUAUAUUAUUUAAUUUAACCCUCUCAGCAACCCAUUGAGGUAGGUACAUAUCCCUGUAUCACAUGUGGAGAAUCUAAGGUUCAUAGUCAUUAAGUGAGUUACCUAAGAUCACGUCACGGGAAGUAGAAGGGGCUAGAUUUGAACCCACAUCUUUCUGAUGCAUCCAGCGGACUGCUGUGCGGCUCAGCUCUGCCGUUUGUGCACAUAGCGAAUGCUGGAUGGUAGCUGCCUUGUUUAUUAUAAUGAUGAACUUGAGGCAGGCAUUCUUUAAGAUCCCUUCCUGCUGGUUCUGACAUCUAGCGACCUUUGUCCCUCUCUCUGACUUUCCCUUUCAGAAUUCCCAGGAGCCAUGUUGUCAGAGGUCCUGCUGGUGUCUGCCCCAGGGAAAGUCAUCCUUCAUGGAGAGCAUGCCGUGGUCCAUGGCAAGGUAGCACUGGCUGUGGCCUUGAACUUGAGAACAUUUCUCCAGCUUCAACCCCACAGCAAUGGGAAAGUGGGCCUCAGUUUACCAAAUAUUGGCGUCAAGCGGGACUGGGAUGUGGCCAGUCUUCAGUUGCUGGACAUGAGCUUUUUGGAUGAGUACAGGGAGGAGAAACCAGAACAAGGUGUCGUCACAGUGCCCACCCCAGAGCAAGUGGAAAAGCUGAAGGAGGUGGCAGGCUUCCCUGAGGACUGUGCCAUCAGUGAGCAAGUGGCUGUGCUGGCCUUCCUUUACUUGUACCUGUCCAUCUGCCAGAAGCAGAGGGCCCUGCCAAGCCUGGACAUCGUGGUGUGGUCAGAGCUGCCCACCGGGGCGGGCUUGGGCUCCAGUGCAGCCUACUCAGUGUGUUUGGCAGCCGCCCUGCUGACUGCAUGUGAAGAGAUCCCCAACCCUCUGAGGGACGAUGAUCACGUCAGCAGGUGGACCCAAAAGGAUUUGGAAUUAAUUAACAAGUGGGCAUUCCGAGGGGAGAAGGUGAUUCACGGGAACCCCUCCGGAGUGGACAAUGCUGUCAGCACCUGGGGAGGAGCACUCCGAUACCAACAAGGACAGAUUUCAUCUUUAAAGAAGCCCCCGGCUUUGAAGAUCUUGCUGACCAACACCAAAGUGCCCCGCAGAACCAAGGCACUUGUGGCCGGUGUCAGGAACAGGCUGAUCAAGUUCCCAGAGAUCGUGGCCCCACUACUCACCUCAAUAAAUGCCAUCGCCCUGGAGUGCGAGCGGGUGCUGGGAGAGAUGGCGGCUGACCCGACCCCGGAGCAGUACCUUGUUCUGGAAGAGCUCAUCGACAUGAACCAGCACCAUCUGAACGCCCUCGGUGUGGGCCACGCCUCGCUGGACCAGCUCUGCCGGGUGACCAUGGCUCACGGACUGCACAGCAAGCUCACUGGAGCAGGCGGUGGUGGCUGUGGCAUCACACUCCUCAAGCCAGAUGUGGAGCAGCCGGCAGUGGAGGCCACCAAGCAGGCCCUGACUGGCUGCGGGUUUGACUGCUGGGAAACCAGCAUCGGUGCCCCUGGUGUCUCUGUCCACUUGGCCACCUCCCUGGACGCCCCCAUCCGGCAAGCCCUGGAUGGCCUCUGA